UAUGAAGUUGGUGUGAAUAAUUGCGAGAGGCGGGGUUGUUUUUUCAAAUUCUGCGAGUCGACGUAAGAGCAAAGAUGGCGGCGCUGAGCUCCGUCGAGUCCUCGGUCAGGCCGAAGGCCGUGAGGCGAGGACGUAGAGCCGGCGGCGCCACCCGCGAGCUCACGCUAGAAGAGGCAAUCUGCCCGGUAUGUCUAGAGAUAUUCCUAGAGCCCGUCACCAUGCCCUGCAGGCACUCGGUUUGUCUGCCAUGCUUUCAGCGCACCGUGGAGUUAAGCAGCCUACGCUGCCCUCUCUGUCGGCUGCGGGUGUCCAGCUGGGCGCGGCGGCGGACCCGGGACAGGACUUUAAUCAACGCCGAGCUUUGGGAACUGGUGCGUCGCAGCCACCCGGAGCGGUGUCGUCGCAGAAUGGAAGGCCAGGAUGGCGAGGCCGUUAAAGAAGAGCUUAUAUUCCGUACCCCUGUACACAUUAGUAAACCUGGAGAGAUGCGGCAAGAAUAUGAAAAACAAAUUAAAAAGCUGGAGGAAGAGAAACAAGAAGAUCGUGCUUCAGAAGAAUUGAUUCAGAAAAUUCUUGAAGAUGACAGAAGACAUUUAGAUAAAGUACGUUACCAUCAGAUCCUGCAAAGAAAGGAGGAAUGGGAAUAUCUCCAGAACUCCCAUGAGCCUGUAUGUGUAGUUUUAUCAGACUCGGAGAAUGAAGAACCAGUUGGUGGAAAGGGGAGACAUCUGUCUGCUUUUGUGCGAAAAGUUAGAAGUCCAUCUUCCUCUGGCAAAAGAUUUCAGAGAUACGAUAUCCAAAGAAGUCAGAGCUGCACAGACUCGGAGGAAGUGGGCAAAGCAAAGAAUAGAUGUCCUUUACAUACAACACCUGCAGCAAAGAGUCUUGUAUCAUUUACCCCCAACAAUGGCAUAUUGUUAUCUUCUGAAAACAGUCGUUCUUUUUCUGCCCCUAACCUGACUUCUGAUAAGAGGAACAGCUGGCGAUCUGGUAGUUGUGGUUCUGGUGUUGUGGCAACACCCCUGCUUAAAACGGAGAGAUCCAUUAGUCCAGAAAGCAAUGACAGUAUAUCUGAGGAGCUAAAUCACUUCAAACCUAUUGUAUGCUCUCCUUGCACCCCUCCAAAGAGAUUGCCAGAUGGGAGGGUGGUAGAGCCAACCAUUGUAAAGUCAACCCCACGAAAUCUUACUCGUAGCUUACAGAAGCACACAAGUUAUGAAGCCAGUCCUUCCAUACUUCAGAAGUGGAAACAGAUUGAACAGGAUCGUCUCAAUAAAAAGGCCUCCUCCAAAGGGACAACAACCAGUAUGCCAGCUGAGGAAUUUUCCAAGGACAAACAUUGCACAAGGGAGUCUGUCUCUUUACUGCCCGAUACUGAGAAACAAAGUGUAUCAGGUUGCGUUACAUUAGACAAUGGCCUGUCAAAGAGCAGCAGUAAUUAUUCUGAACUGCAUGAAAGCCAUAAUUUGUCUUGCAAAAGUCAGACCCUGUUUUGUAAAACACAAAGACUUAUAAUUGAUCACCCUGCUGAAGGCCAUGCUAAUGUAUUGCAUAACACAGAGAAAGACCAGUUACUGGUGAAGUUUAAACCCAUUCAGGUGACCUGUGAAUCAUCUUUCUCUCAUAGUGGUCCUCAGAUUCCCCAUAGUAAACGGUUGGAUACCAAAAAUCUAAUCCUGCUAACAGCUGAAGACAAUUCUAAAAAUCAAAGCUGUGAGAAAGAUUCUCAUGCAACUUUAAUUAGUCGCAAACUGUUUGAUCCAGUUGAAAGAACAGAUUACUCGGAUAGUUCCGAUGUUAGUAAUACAAAGCACAAACCUACAAAAAGAAGCCAAAAAACAAAGCACUUAGAAGGAGGAGAAAAAGCAAAAAGACUUCGAACUUCCACUCGUGAAGGAGUCGGCUCAGAAUGUCAGUCAAACAGUUUUGAUGGAUUUUGGCUGCAAAAAGAGGACGAAGAUCGCAAAUUGGCCAUAAAGCUACAACAGCAAUUUGAUUUAGAGUAUAAAACUGUCGAAAGACAGAAAGGUACUCCUGACAAUUAUUUACUGCGGUCUUGGGCCACUUCCAACAGCCAAUUGGGGCACUCCCCUCGACGAUCAGGAAGAAAUCUAAAGAAGACUUAGCACUUUACCUGAACCUUUUAAAAGGGUUGGUUUGCUUUAUGACAUACAAAUGUAUAUUAUCCUAUUUGGAGUAAUGAUUUUACUUCCAGGUCCAUUAAGCCGACUUCAAGAAUAUGGUUUUGUUUUAAGAAAAAUGGUUUACGAUCGAAGUGAUUUGUAGAUGCAUUUUGCUAUCCGUAUAUAAUUCAGGGCAGUGUCCAUGAAUGAUAGAUUAAGUACUUAGCCCCAAACGCUCAGCGAAUCAACACUUUAACAAAUUGCUUGUAAUCUGCAGCUUUAGUUUCAUUUUCCUGACAAAAGUGUUUCCAAUUAAUACCUUUCAUGUAGUUUUUAUAAUAUUUUCACUUUGGUGUGGCAUUGGAAAAAAGGUUACUAUAAUAUUGUAUAUCUGAAAUGGGAUUAAAAACAAAAAUAUGCCCUCUUGAAAAAGUAUUUAGCCCUUAUCUUUCAGUCUCGGGGUCUGGAAUUUUGAGGCAGAUUUGUUUGUGUGAAAAAAAUAUAAAAUAAGAAAAUAUUAAAAUACUGACCCUGUGAGUCAGUACUUUGUUGAAUGUCCUCCAACAACUAGAGCAGCUGCUCAAGUUUUUACAUCAUUAACUUUGCACAUUGUGAUGAAGCAAUAUUUCCCCUCUUCCUCCAUCCCUCAUUUUGUGUAAACUGUUAAAUGCUUUUGACAUUUUUCACUUAUUUGCUGUAGUGUUUAAAUUGUUUUGAAAAACUGAGGGAAAAUCCUAAUUUUGUGUAGUUCAAAUUCAAAAUUUGAUACACGUGUGUUGGAGGGUGAUUACUUUUGCAUUGGACUCUACUGUUAAUCAGCUACUCCUUUUUAUUUCGGGCCUAUGGUAAAAUGCCAGUGAUGUGCACAAUGCUUGGUGAAAUCUUUGAAAAAUAAUUUGCAGCCAAUGUUACUUGGAAUAAGCUCCAUAUUGAUUUGCUUCUGCUCAUGGAGAUAUUUUCAGGAAAGUGUCUACCUGUGGCGCAAUAUUUCAGACCAUAGUAUACUAAGGAAUAAUUUUUGAGGGUGUCUGUGAAAAUUACUAGAAGUUUCAUUCUGUUGGUGACCCUCCGGCAUGAUUAAUGAUAAAAUUAAGUGUAUACUCAUUACUCAUAUACUGAAACAUUUCAAUAGCUAACUGCAUAAAAAUCUGGUAUUUUGAAGAUUUUUGCUACAGUUGUGUGCCUCAAAAUUUCUUGUGAAAAUGAAAGAUGUUUUUGUUUUUUUUAAAUAUGUAACAUUUCAUUUUAUUUUUUUGGCCUGCUGGAGAAGGCAGCUACACAUUCUGCCGAGUGACUUCAGGUUAAGGAUAUAAACUAACAGUUACAUAAUUGAUUAUUUUUAAUGCAGCUGAUUUAAAGCUAGUAAAUCAGGAACUGACUUCCAUAAAUCUCAAACUAUGACCUAUGUGCAAUGUCAGUGAUAGUACUCUCUCCCAGGGUGUUAGCACUAUUUUUUUUUCCCAGUUUAUCCAGUUUUCAUAUUUUUACUUCAAUGUACAAGAAUGUAAAUGAAUUCCACAUUUUUUUAGGUAUUCUAUUAAAUUAACUCCCAUUUUUCUGUAAUGGAAUAAAGAUUUUAUAUUUUUGGUAUGUUUCUAUAAUUGAGUGGCAUGUAAGUAUGCAUCAGCAUGAACAAUGAGUUGUGUUCCCAUACAUAAUGAGACUUUAUUUAGGUCUUUACAAUACAGAAAACCCUUAAGCUGUGCUAUUUUUCAGCAUACACAUUCUCAUUUUUAUAGUACUUUACAAACACUGGUUUACAAAUGACUGGAGAAACAGCUGGAAAAAAGUAAUGCAAAAGGUGUCUGACUGCACACUGGCCAAUACAUUAACAAUACCUGUUGUAUCUGUUGAAGCUACAUAAAAGUAUACUGAAUAAAGCCAUACGUUUAGAUGAGGUGUAAAACUGCUUUCACUAGUUUUGGCCUUGAAUAAUUAUCUUGGCAUGCAGUCCAAACAAGAAUGACACCCAUCAAGGUUCUAUGCAUCUACUUAGAUAGCACAAGGAGCACCAGAACAACAGACCAACUGACGGUUGGGCCAGGAGGUUUUGUUUGGAAGCAGCCUUUGUACAUCAGCAUUGUCUCUCUCCUUCCAUCACCAUAUUUUUCCCUAACUCAUCAUUGACAUGGCCGAUAACAAAGUGAAGUGCAACUUGAUGAGCCAUGUUUGUCUUCCAAGAGGAUGAAGUGUCUGGUUUUGCCCAGCUAGUGAUGUUAAUCUAGGCUUUUGUAAGUAAGGCUUAAGGGUGUCUUUUUGUUUUUAAGAGUGUCACAACUGGAGUUCUGUGCACUUGGCAUAGCUGCGAGUUGAAGUGGUAUUGGGUAGCCGAGUGUCUAGUGGCACAGAGGGCAUGUCCAGCACAGUGGAGUCUGCAGUGUCAUGGCUUCUGUGCUUGAACACUCAGUAGCCUGAGGCUGUUUGUUGAACAACCAGAUGCCAAAUAAAAGUGAUUUUGACAUGUGGGUCUGUUUUGUUGAAGAUAUGUCUGAAUUUCUACAAUAGGUUUUUUUUUCCCUGCUAGUUUCAAUAACAAGUAAUAUACAGGAAAUAAAGCUUAAUUGUGCCUGAAGCAAUUUGUUUUCUACAAUACCAUAAUGUAGCUUAACUUGACAAAGACAAGAGUCUCAGUAAUCCUUCUAAUUCAUGUAGAACUACACUGUAGUUUGUUUAUCCUUAUUAAAAACCUUGGUUCAUAAGCCAUAUCCAUAACUGUAUACUUUUCCAUAUAAACACAAUAAUGAUUAAGGAAACUAUCACUGACCCCAAGUAAUAUAUGGACAAAAUAAAGGUACACAGCAGUUUCAAAAUGGAUUUCUAUUUUUCACUAUUGUGGUCAGAUGGACUGUGAAAGUUAUUUCACCUGGUUUUCCUCAAAUGAAAUAUUUUUUGUAACUAGAGAUGGCCUGUAAAGAUUUUUUUUAAUAUGAUGAACAAAGUAAAAAGAACCAAAAACAUCAAGUCUAAUUUUUAAUUUUUGGUUUAGCAUGGGUCAUAUAAUAAAGGUCCAAGUAUUUGAUAUGGGAAAUAAUUAUAUUGUUAUGGUUUUCUAAUGAUUAAAUUGUAAUGUACAGACCUCAUGAAGAAAUAAUUUGUGUGAUAAACUAUUUUUAUAUUGAAAGCGAAUUGUUUAAUGUGGAAAAAACCCAAACUGACCAAGCAGAUGACAUUGGGGGUGGGGGUGGGCGGUUGGGAUUUUUCUAUUUUGCUGUGCUGAGUGGGUUAAAGCGUUAUUUGCACAUAUAAAGGAUCACCUUGUAAUCUUUUCUAGUUAUUGCCUACAAUACACAGUGCAUCAACACAUCUUGCCUGUUACAUGAAUCUGAAUUUCUUUUCUAAAGUAAUAAAGCUUUAUUCUCUUAGUGGGUUGAGAGUACACAAUGGUGGUAAUCCUAGUUCAUAUGGCCAUUCUGCUGAUAGUGUUAGACACUACAGCUUGUAAAGCUGAAUGGACGAUUGUGGCAAGUUAGCAUGUAGCAAAACCAGACUUUAUAGAGUAAAGAUUGUCAACUGAACACUUUGUUUGUGACUGAUGCCCAUGCAAAGCCUUAAAAUAAAGUAUUCAAGAGGUUUACAUAAGUGAUUUACUUGAAAAAGGUUUAUAAUAUAUAAAUAGGUAUGGAAAGAAAUGGAUAGCCCAGAUGCACUUGUUUUUAAUAUGCUGGUAACUUGAUUUUUAUUUGGAUAAAGGGUUCUUUGAAAUGAUGGCAACUUUUAAUUUGUGUGCAUCAAUAAAGGCCUUACGAUUAUGUGUACAUGGUUAUUGAUCUUUCAUCAAACUGUGUGGAGAUUUUUUUUUUUUUUUUUUUUUUAAUAAAGACCAAGUUCUCCUGA